AUGUAUGAAUCCUAUCGCCCCCAUCCCCUGCUGGCUCAGGUCCCCUUGACCGUUUCCCCCUUCAUCAACCUCCCCACUUCCGUCACACUUCCCUACACCUACAAGUCCGUUCCCUCGACCAUACCCCCUUCAGUAACAGUCGACCAAAGUAACCCCGAUGUCAAACCCCGCUACGUGGUCUCAUCCAGUGGCGAGCAUGCCGCCUCUCCAGAAGAGAUUCUAGCCUCCUGCAACGCCCUCGAGCAGCACCUGAACAAGACGCGCGCCGAUGCCGAGAAAGCAAUCCGGGGCUGGGAGGACUCAAUCACCCAGCGCGACCUCGCAGAGAAGCGACGUGUGGCUCCCGGAUGGCUAGACAGAGACGAGAAACUACUUCAACCGAGUAACUCUGCCACUGGGCCUAGAGCACAUAGCCAACCUCAACCCAGUCUAUUGGACAGCUCGUUCUCCGACCCCAGUGCGGCCACAUUACCCUCCAUGGUGCCGCGAGACGAAGGCGAAGAACUGGACAGAGCAUUUGGUGGGCUGGACGUGAAAUGA